AUGAGUUCUCUUGUUGAAAUGAAUUCUCCAAAAAUUAUGGCUAUUAUCGUCACCUUAGCGUUGAUUAUGUUAUUAAUAUGUCCUACACAAUCGAUGCCAACAGAAGAUAAUUCUGAUAAAUUAUCAACACGUCAGAAAAGAUGGACUUUCAAUACUUGGCGUUUACAUGGUCGUCGAGAAUUAUCUAAUGAUGUUUAUUCUCCGAAGACAUCAAUAUCAUCAUCGUUAAAUACUGGUCGUCAAUAUCGAAUUUACAAUGAUGAUGAUGAAAUUGCACAGAAAAUACAUGAACAUUUAUUACAACUUUUUCAGAAUUAA